AUGCCAAAUUUACCAUUUUCACAACUAUUAGUAUGGCUGACAGUAUUAACUAUCUUCCUGAGAAAAGUUAAUUGCCAGUGUAAUCUUACAUCGGAAGAAUCAAAGUUGGACUUGAAUCAAUACGAUCCCAAAACUGUCCUACCGUCAAGAGGAAAUGGGAGUUCAUGUGCUGUGAUGACGCGUUUAGCGCUUGGUGGUGCUUGGUUGACUAAUUUAGAUGAAGGAGAUGUACUAUGUCCACCACAAUUACCUGAAGUCUGUUAUUUUAUUGCAUUGAAUACAAGUCUAACAAGAAAUGAAGCACAUAAAUUUUGCAGUCAACUAGGUCUUACCCUAUGGAGACCAUGGUCACUUAAAGAAGAAAUAAUCAUGAAAUCAAUUAUGAAUUCAUUGAAUGUCAGUGAAUUAAUUAUCAAUGUUAAAGUGAUUGACAGAUACACAAUUAUGGACAUGGAUGGAAAUCAUAUCACACAUGAGUAA